UUCUGGCUGAGGGCUUUGUGCACAGUUGACCAUGGGCAAUGGGCAAUGAAGGCCACCGGAUCCCCUCUUCCCGCAGAGGAAAGCAGGAAACCGGCGCCCCACACAAGCCCCUCUAGUGCAUGUACUCCACAUCAUGAAGCGAUGUGUUAUGGAUUGCUCCUUGCUGGGAUCUUGCUGGGUACAUACUUUUUGGUGAGUCAACAUAGAGCCAGACUAACCAAUCCUCGAGCCUCAUCAUGGAGAUCUUCACCAUUAACCUUGGAUGGUUACAACAACAUCGUUGAUAAUCAGCCCCUGAGGAUGCACUGCAACUCCUGCUCCCUGGUGACAAGCUCUGGGCACUUGACGGGCGGCAAGCGGGCAGAGGAGAUCGACCAUGCGGAAUGAGUGAUCCGUAUGAACGACGCCCCGACCCAGGGCUACGAGCCAGACGUGGGCCGGCGCACCAGCCUGCGGGUGGUGGCCCACUCCAGCAUGGACCAGCUGCUACGGAACCGCCACCACCUGCUCCAGCCUGGUCAGGACUCGGUCUACGUGUUCUGGGGCCCUAGCUCUUUAAUGAGCCUGCCGGGAUCAGGCUACAGGAGACUGCGGAAUAUGAAGAGAGCAUUGCCUCAGCUCAAGAUAUACACCGUCUCCCAGCAGAAGAUGCAGCAGCUGGACACACUCUUUAAAGACGAGACUGGGAUGGACAGACGAAUAUCUCAAUCCUGGCUGAGUACAGGAUGGUUCACCAUGAUUCUGGCCAUUGAGCUUUGUAACAGGAUUGACGUUUAUGGAAUGGUGUCACCUGACUUUUGUCAGAAUCCCAACCAGCCUGUCUCCUAUCACUACUACGGGCCAUCAAAUGUCUCAGAGUGCAUCAUGUAUCUGUCUCAUGAGCGUGGUCAGCGCGGAGGCCACCAUCGCUUCAUCACCGAGAAACGGGUGUUUGCCGACUGGGCUCAAACUUUUGACAUCCACUUCCACCAGCCUGACUGGACUCCCAUGCUGUCCACACAGAACGGCAUGAGUUCCCCGGUCGUCCAAGCGUCGUGAGACUGUGUGGAGUGUCUGGUAGUCUGUGAACACUAGUACACUGUGAAGACACCUGGACAAAAGAUUGAGUUUCUCCUGUACUGUUCAUGCUGUCAAAGUAGCAGGAUGAAGCCUACAGACCAUCUGAAUCCAAUUACUGCUGCAGAGGACUCUGCUGUGUGAGGUCUGAGAGAUCAGCAGUGUUGGAGCAGCCAAAGCCAAGGCACUGUUAGCUGUAACAAGCUACAUUUUUGCUAAGGCUAUCACAGUGAAAGAGAAGUGAAAGUUUGUAUUGUUUUCACUUUUUACUUCAGGAUCAUAGUGAUGCUGCUUUAUGUAAUCAACAGGAAUGAAAGGAUUGUUAAUGAGGAAGUUUCUGGCUCAGAUCUGUAUUUUUGGGCAGCAGCAAAGAAUAGAAUGAUUAGUGGUCAAAAAACAUCAAAUGCCGUCACAUUUUUACUAUACAUAAUUAUGACCACCGCACUAGCGAAGCUAAAGACUGGGCUGCAUGAAACUUGGUGGUGGAUGACACGGAACCAUUGAUUUUCGUUUUGAUCCAUAGCCUACCUGCCGCACCGGACCCCCAAAAAGGAGGUAGGGCAGAUACAGUUUUUUGUGAAUAUCUCGAGAACCGUAGGCCCUAGGAUGUCCAAAGUUUUUUUGUAUGUUGGUCUUAAGG